AUGGAUUUUGACGCGACUAGAUGGCGAUUCAGCCUCCGAGCUCUCGUGACCGCGGCAUCUAUCGCUGUCCAUACGUCUUUCGCGCAAGAAUGCGCGUAUGAAGGGGGAUGGGCGCUCCGAAACGAUAGAUCGUGUCCGCCCAGCGCACCCGUCGAGUGCGGCACAGGAGCGCAGCCGAGAUGCUGCCCCUCAGGCUUCAAAUGCACUGGAGAUGGUGACUACGUGGGCAAUUACUGUUGUGAAGAUCCUUCUGACUGCCGGGAUUUGUCGCUGAAAUACCCUAAGUGUCCUAAUUCAGAUUGGAUUCUCUGGGGAGUCGGAGGAAAGCUCGACAAUGGCGGAUGGUGCUGCCAAUCCGGGCAAAACGGCACGUACCGCGAUGACUCGAACGGCAUCGCCCUGCUGUGUACUCCCACGAUGGCAACAGCGCUUGGUUCAAACAUCUUCUGGGCCGAGACAGUGAGCACCUCAUACUGCUCUACGAUAUCGACUACCUCGACAGUUGCCACAACAUCAGCGACUGCGACUGCGGCUUCCACGGCUGCAACCACCACUACCGGAGCUUCCGUCACGGCCGCGAUCACGGCCACCACCAUGCCGUCGGGAUCGAGCGAUUCAUCCUCAAUGUCUACCGGGGCGAUAGCCGGGGCUGCGGUCGGAGGCGUUGCUGGCGGAGUCCUGAUCAUUGCAGGAAUCUUUUUUCUCUGGCGGAGGAAGAAGAGAAGCUCGGCUGGUGCAAAGGCCGGAGCAAUUCCUGCAACGGAGGCGGGCUCUUCGGCGUGGGCAUACGAACGAAAGGAUGGACAGGGAUACGGAGGAAAUGGUGGCGGGGUGAACGAGCUCGCAGUUCCGGAACCACGGGCAGAAAUGGAUUCCGCGAUGCAACCGACUUACGAACUUGAUGCUGCGGCAUCAAAUACGCCUGAAUUGGACGCGGCGCACUCUGGUGCGAGACCGAGUCAGAGGGAUGAUUUAAAGUACCGCUAG